CCUUCUGCUGCGCUUCUCCGUUGCCACAACAACCACGUUGGACCGUAAAUGAGAGAACAGUCGUCAAACUAAAACCUUUCGGCUCUAACAGUACGCCGGGAGUUUUAAGUGAGCCGGGUGGUCUCUUUCUGGUCGGGUUCCACUUCUGCCGACGUCAUAGGGGUUUGCCUUGCUGUUAUCCGGGCAGGCGCGCGGAACGGUUCUUCGUUGUCUGUCUUUCUUUCGAGACUGCAGCCCUGGGGUUCCUAUCCACGCAUUAAGUGAGACCCAACCUGGGGAGUAGCUUCAGUGCUCAGCAAGGUCGGCAAGGAAGCGGCGAGAAGUUAGGGCUAGCUAGGCUGCCCUUGGCCGCGUUUGCAAGGGGCACUAAGCCACGUUUUACUGCCAAAGCGCAGUAAAAGAGCUCUUAGUCUCCAGCUCGCGAACUCUGAAAACGGGGCUUUUUAAAAGUGAAGAAUAUAGAGGCCAAAUCAGGGAGCCAUAACUCCUUGCACCAGUUGAAUUUGCACGCGGUAUACAGAAGUAUUUUUUUUUUAAUGCUCAUAGCAACCUAAUUAAGGAAAUGGGCAUUCUUUUAGCUUUUAGCAUCAUUAGUAAUGUAAGAACAAUUGGGUGUUUUGUGUAACAAGUUUAUAUACCGCAUGCCAGCUCUUCCUUCUUAGAAGGCACAUCAAGUCUUUCCUCAGGGAAACAAGCUCUUGUUACUUCCAUUUUUGCAGAGGAAUUUAUAUGGAAUUUCUUACUUACGAUACCAAGAGUAGGACAGAAACCCAUUUAUAAAUACUGUUUCAAAUAACCAUAAAAGUUCUUUCUUAACUGUUCUGAAUAAGAUAAUGGAAAAAUACAUGUCUUUGAGGGGUGGAUGUGUUAUUAUUUUCUCUUCAGUUGGCUUAUGGUACUUCCAUUGAAGAGAAAGAUAAUACCAAAUGGCAGAAGCAAUUUUUCAUCCUCCCAGAAGGAAAAGAAAAGUAUAUGAAUCAUAUGAUUCCCCAUUCCCUAUUUCUCCUUCCGUAGAAGGCAGUCAUGGAAGAGUUUAUAAAAUGUGCUCGGCUGAAUUGAUAAAUAACAAUGUAAUUGUGAAGAAUCCUGAAGAUAUAGAACAGCUAUAUAGCAAGGGAUUUUUUGGAAAAGGUAUUCUUUCAAGAAGUCGACCAGAAUAUAAUACUUCAGAUCCUAUGUUGACUGCUAAAUGGAAAGAUGCUAAAUUAAAUAUGCCAAUAAUCUCAUCAAAAAAAUACCAGCAUUGUGUUGAAUGGGCUGAAAAACGUCUGUCAGAACAAGGAAUGGAUGAUUCCACAAUUAAAAACAUCAUACAAAAUUAUACUAAACAAAUUAAUCUGAGAAUAGAAACUGGACAAAAUAAUAGAUUUCAAGAUGAAGAAACAUUUAAAAUGGAAACUAAUAAAGAAGAACCAAUGACUUCAUCUGAAAUUAAUGGGAAAAACAGGUCUUUCAAAGAUAAUUCAUGUUGUGAUUCAUUAGACAAACAUGACUGUAGUGAAUCAGAUAUAACAGACUCUAACAUUUUAGCUAAAACUCCUUCACCACAACAAUGUUCUCUCAAUAUGUAUGAUAGCUGCAGAGAAGACAAUUAUGUUGAACCAAAAUCUCAUUGCUUUAGUAAUAAUGAAUACGAGCACGAACUUGUAUUAAUAGAAGAAGAAUCAGAUUUGUGUGUAGAAGAGGAAACAAGUGAGGAAUUGCAUUUAAUUAAAAAAGCAAACUUAGUAUGCCGAAGAAAUCCUUUCAGGAUUUUUGAAUAUCUGCAACUCAGUCUAGAAGAGGCUUUUUUCCUGGUUUAUGCUCUUGGAUGUUUAAAUAUUUAUUGCAAUGAGGCACCUUUAUCUAUCUUGAAGCUAUGGGACCUUUUUAGUAAAGCACAGCCCAAUUUUAAGGCUACAUACAUGGCUUAUCAUUACUUCCGUAGUAAAGGAUGGGUCCCUAAAAUUGGCCUGAAAUAUGGAACUGAUUUGUUGCUAUAUCGAAAAGGCCCUCCUUUUUACCAUGCCAGCUAUUCUGUAAUUGCUGAAUUAAUUAAUGAUGAUUUUGAUGGACCAUUGCACAGACCAUUCAGUUGGAAAUUUUUGUCUGGAUUGAACAGAACUACAGCAAACGUUUCCAAGGAACUCAUGUUCUGCUAUUUGAUUAAGCCAUCUGAUAUGAAUGAAAAAGAAAUGCUUUCACCUGAAUGUCUCAAAAGAAUGAAAGUCCAGGAAUUGAUCCUAAAUCGCUGGGUUUCAUCCUGUGAACGUAGUGAACAAGAAGAGGUGUGAAAAUUGGAAUCCGAAAGUUGAGCAAUAUUAAUAAUAGAACUGCAGCAAACUAAAUAAAUUUUAACUAUUCUUCCUUUUAGCAUGUAUAUAUUAAGUGUAUAUAAUACAGAGUCCUACAAGUUUGAUUUUUUAUGAAAGCUCAAAUGAAGAGUGACAAUUAAGAUGAGCAUGUUUUAUGACUAUUAGCUUAAUACUUCUAGAGUUAAUUAACCUCUACUAUAGUCUUGGCUCAAUAUGUUCUAGUUACACCAUGUAUGUUGGAGAUGGCUUUAAUAAAUUAAACAAAAAAGUAGAUU